AUGCCGUCUCAUUCCAACUUUCGCACUGCGUUCUCGAGGGUAGCUGUGAAUAUUUUGGGUUGUUUCACCUUGUCGGACCCCUCUCUUCACGUCAGUGAUGAUAUUCUUGUAGAAUGGCGAAAUUCCUGUCGUAAAGUUACUGUACAACUCUCGAAGUACCUUUAUGUACUGAGUAGGUACGCCUUGGUUGUCCGAGGCUUCUACGAAAGCUUCCGUCUCAAUCCCACUAGACUUGUAACGACUCUCAUUGCGAUGGGUCUCUAG